UUGAUGAUAAAAAUAAGAAGUGGCAAAGGGUUGAUAUUGAAGAUUUGCUUAAGCAGCUUUCAUCUACAGAAGUGGAUAAAGCACCAAAGCCUAAAGAUGAUGUACCUGCUCAUUCAGAUGAACCAUCACUGGAAGAACCACCUAAAACUGAAACAACCGAGAAUGAACAAACCGAGAAUCAAUUACCUGAGAAUAAACCAACUGAGAUUGAACCAUUAAUUUUGAAUGAACCAAUUGAUCUAACCGAGAAUGUACAAACUGAAAGUAGCCCAAUUGAAAAUAAAUUAGCUGAGAAUAAAACAGCAAAGAAUCAGCUAAACAAAAAGAAACCAGCUAAGAAUAAACCAACGAAUACGGAAUUAGUUAAAAAAAUGUUACAAGCUUUUAAAGAAGGCAAGUCUAAAAAGUUGAGUACAAAUUGGGUUUAUUUUAUUGAUUCUGGUGGUCAGCCAGCAUAUCGAGAGUUGCUACCUCUUUUUACAAGAGCAGCUGCACUGAAUAUCAUCACCAUUGAUCUUACCAAAGGUCUUGAUGAGAAGUGCAAAUUUCAAUAUCGUAUUAGUCAAAAUACAUCUCCUAUUAAUACGAAUCGACAAUAUACUAAUCGCGAUAUGAUAUGCUCAACAAUUAGCUCUGGAGCUAUGUUGAGUCCUGUCAAAUUUCCUUAUGUCACUGGCAUGCCUGAUCAUCCUCAUUAUCUUAUUCUUGGUACACGUAAAGAGUUGGUAGAUGAGAAAAACCUGAAAGAAAUGAAUGAAAGUCUAAAAGAAUAUAAAGCUAAUAAUAAAGUCAUUUCUUAUAAUGAGGAUGAAGGCUCAAUUAUAUUUCCAGUUAAUACGUUGCUUCCUGCUGGGUCUAAGGAAAGGGAAGAAGCUAGUAUACAGCUUUGUACUACAAUUUCAAAUUUUGGAGUUGCCAUGACGAUUCAGUUACCAAUUCAACUGUUUGCUUUUGAGAUUGCACUACAGUUAAAAGCUGAGAAGAAGAAACGAAGUUUUCUUACAAAAGAAGAAGUGACUGAGAUCGGUACAUCUCUCCAACUUGAUAAAGAGUCAGAUAUCAAUGAAGCUCUCCAAUAUUUACACAAUGUCACUAUCAUUCUCUACUAUCGUGAAGUUGACAUCUUAAAGGAUUUAAUAUUUGUUGACCCUAAGCCAAUUCUUGAUGUCCUUUCACGUUUGAUAGCUAUCACAUAUGUCAAUCAUGAUAAAUUACAGCAAAUUGCAAAUCCCCCUCCUUCAAUAGAUGAAAGAAAAACUCUCAAAAAUUUCGGCUAUUUUAAGGUGGACAUUUUUAAAAAUAUUGGUAAGCAAAUUUUUAAUAAAAAUUUUAACUCGUCUCACAUGAUCGCUCUUCUUAAACACCUCCACAUUAUUGCUGAAGUAGGAGAAGAAGGAAACUAUUUCUUUCCGUGUGCAUUACCAUCUUAUGAUAAGCUCUGUGACUCCCCAACAGAAAUACAACCACUUUUCAUAGCAUGGGAGAUUAAAAAUGGCAGCACAACAACUCUAGCCAUCCCUCAAGGAUUAUUUCCUUUAACCAUUGUACACCUUUUGGAACAAAAAGAUGAUAAGGUAGACUUCUGUCCAGAUCCAGCAGACAAUAAAAUGGAAUACUACAGAUGUCACAAUGCCAUGUCACUUCGUGUUCAUCAAAAAAUAUAUAUACAUAUCAUCAAUCACUAUACACAUAUUGAAAUACGUUUGGACAAGUGCAAGAAAUCUUGUUUACAAAUUCGUGACUUAGUCAAGGAAGCUAUCGAAAGCAGCUGCAAAGAUCUUAAUUGUAAAGAUGAUCAUAUCUUUGCUUUCAAAUGCCCCGAAAAUGAAAAAUGUUACUGCAUUUUCCAGGAAGAUGAUAAAUCUACCAGGUGUACCCUUCCAUCACAAUGUGACGUACUGCAAGGUGAUGAUGAUAGCUACAGAUGUUGGUUUAUUGAUAAACUGUCCAGUCCAGGAGCUGAAACAUCAGAAAGUCCACCUUCUAAAAGAUCCCGCACAGUACAACCCACUGGAUUAUUAGGUGAGUAAA